AUGGUCAUGAACGAGAAAAACCUGCAACAUCAAUGGUUAGAACCCUCACGUUACUUCGUGGAACUCAACCGACUCUUAGUUGAAGCAGGGGUAAGAUACGUUAUACUCGAAUACACUUACAAAUUAGCAGCCAAGCCUGCUCCCAAGGCUACUGAAUACUCCCUGCCCCGUACCUCCUCUCCCCUAAGCGUAAGGACUGCCCCAAAAUGCCUCAAUGCCAGAGUGACACCUGCAAAAAUCAUGAUGAUCGUAUGCGCAACCACCAUCUCAACCGGAUUCACUUUUUGUCGUCUCAAGAAGUAA